UUUCGUCGGCCCAACCCAUCCAGCCCACCCGAUAUUCCUCCGUUUGGCCAUUCCGCAUCCCUUCUCCUGUCUCUCUCGCCACCGCGCCUCCUCCCAGCGCCGCCCACGCCGCCGUCGUCUCCACUGCCGUUCCCUCCCGAAAACCCCCGUACAUGGCAGCGGCCGCUUCAUACGCCACCCGCCGCGGCCUCUCCGCGCUCCUCCUCUCCUCCUCCCGCGCGCUCCCCCGCCGCCUCCACCCCCUCGCCGCCGCCUCAGCCCACCUCGUCCCAUGGGCGCCGCCAUCGCGCGGGGCCAAGACCGCGUCGUCCGGCGGGUCCGGGUAUUCGCCGCUGAACGACCCCUCGCCGAACUGGAGCAACCGGCCGCCAAAAGAGACGAUCCUCCUCGACGGCUGUGACUACGAGCACUGGCUCAUCGUAUUGGAGUUCCCCACGGACCCCAAGCCUUCCGAGGAAGAGAUGGUCGCGGCCUACGUCAAGACCCUCGCCUCCGUCCUGGGAAGUGAGGAGGAAGCAAAGAAGAAAAUCUACUCAGUCUGCACUACAACCUACACAGGGUUUGGGGCUUUGAUUUCAGAGGAGUUAUCGUACAAAGUUAAAGGAUUGCCGGGAGUUCUUUGGGUGCUACCUGAUUCAUAUUUGGAUGUUCCCAACAAGGAUUACGGAGGUGAUCUAUUUAUAGAUGGCAAGGUCAUACACAGGCCUCAGUUUCAAUUCACUGAGAGGCAGCAGGUAAGGAGUAGACCUCGUCCCCGCUAUGAUAGACGACGGGAGACUGUGCAAGUUGAAAGAAGAGAAACAAUGCAAAGAGGCCCUUCGACACAACAGCAAAGGCCACCAUUUUCUCAGGAGGUCGCUCAGAGUCCACAGCAACACUAUGAAACCGUGCCACCAGGAGUAGGAAGGUCAUCUUAGAGAUUUUACUUGAAGCUGUCUUUGCUAAUACACUAAACUGCUGUCCGAUUUUCCAAGCUAAAUUUCGUGACCAUCCCUAUUAUGAUCGUAACUCAUGACUGAAGCUUGUAACUUCAUGCUAGGUUGCUGGACAGUAAGCUGUUUCGGUAUUGCUGAUUGUAAACCUUUGUAGUCGUAUUUUCAGGUUUUGUAUUUUGCAUUGUGUUUCGUGACUA